AUGAUACAUGCAGCUGUCCAAAGUGAUCCUAGCCUACCAGAAUGGUUGUUAUCUUGUAUGUAUGGGUACUGUAACUAUGCAAAGAAGAAAGCACAGUGGGAUUUCAUCAAAGACAUUGGUCUUAAUAUUUCUCAACCAUGGGUUUUUAUGGGAGAUCUUAAUAUUCAUCUACUUGAUAAUACUUCUUCUGUUUCUUCUUCAAGUGAUAGUAUGGUUCAUUCUAUUCUUCAAGAGAUUGGAUUAGAAGACUUGGGUUUUCUUGGAAAGGGGCAUACUUGGUCUAGCAACAAUACUGGUACAGGGGAAAAAAGAUCCAGAAUAGAUAUGUCUUUAGUCAAUGUUGAAUGGAAUUCAGUUUUUAAUGAUUCCAAGUUAUUACAUCUUAGUCAACUUGGCAGUGAUCAUUGUCCAAUCAUGCUAGUCACUGAUUAUUCCCAACCUAAGCUGUGGAAGCCUUUCAAAUUAUUUCUCUCUUAG